AUGCCGGCAGAAGCAUCCACCCCCGGCGUCAAGCCCGGCCAUACAGACUUUGACCUCAUCAUCGUCGGCGCCGGCAUCUCUGGCAUCAAUGCCGCCUAUCGCUUCCAGACCGGCACGCCCGCCGGGAGCUCCUACGCCAUCUUCGAGGCCCGCGACGCCCUCGGCGGCACCUGGGACCUCUUCCGCUACCCUGGCAUCCGCUCCGACUCGGACAUCUUCACCUUUGCCUUCCAGUGGAACGCCUGGCCCAAGAAGGGCACCAUGGCCAGCGGUGAGGAGAUCCGCGCCUACAUGAAGGAGUCGGCCAAGAAGGAAGGCAUCUACGACAACAUCCGCCUCCGGCACAAGAUCGUCGCCGCCGACUGGGAGUCGCAGCACUCCCGCUGGGCCAUCACCACCACCACCAACAGCCCCGACCAGCCCAACAAGAUCUACUACUGCCAGUUCCUGUACCUCGCGACGGGAUACUACGACUACGAGACGCCCCUGCAGACCGUCAUCCCGGGCAUCGACAACUUCCGCGGCAAGGUGCUGCACCCGCAGUUCUGGCCCGAGGACCUCGACUACGCCGACAAGGAGGUCGUCAUCAUCGGCAGCGGCGCCACCGCCGUCACCAUGGUGCCCUCCAUGAGCCACCGCGCCCGGCACGUCACCAUGCUCCAGCGCAGCCCGACCUACAUCUUCCCGCUCCCCCAGCACGGCCUCCUCGCGCGCCUCGUCUUCCUGCUCCUCCCGCGCGCCCUCGCCACCCCGUUGCUGCGCGCCGGCUGGAUCCUCCAACUCGUCCUCAUGAUCCAGUUCUGCAAGCUCUUCCCCGGCCUCGUGCGGCGGGCCAUCCGCCGCGAAAACGUCAAGCGGCUGCCCGCCGCGGUGCCGUGGGACCCGCACUUCAACCCGCGGUACAACCCGUGGGAGCAGCGGCUGUGCGCCUCGCAGGACGGCGACAUCUUUGCCGCGCUGAGCAGCGGCAGGGCCAGCGUGGUCACCGAUACCAUCAGCACGGUGACCGAGAAGACGAUCAAGCUGGACUCCGGGGCGGUGCUGCACCCGGACAUCAUCGUGACCGCGACGGGCCUGCAGCUGAGCUUCGCGGGCGGCAUGGCGGUGACGGUGGAUGGGAAGCGCGUGGACCAGUCGAAGCAGUUCCUGUGGAAGGGCACGAUGCUGCAGGACAUUCCGAACUUGUUCUUCACGAUCGGCUUCGAGAACGCGUCGUGGACGCUGGGGUGUGACUGCGCGGCGCUUCUGACCGUGCGCGUCAUAGAGCAGCUGAGGGAGAAGGGCCUCAAAGUCGCGGUGCCUCGGAUGAGCGCGGAGGAUCAGAAGAUUAUGGUUCCCAAGCCUCUGUUCAGCCUCAAGGCAACGUACCUGGAUGGUGUGGGGGAGAAGCUCCCCAAGGGGGGCAGUGGUAUGUGGGCGCCGAGGACAAACUACCCGGUGGAUCUGUGGAAGCUCCUCAUGGACGGGCCGUCUAUCAUCAAUGGCUCAAAAAACUUGGCCAAGUCUCUCGCAGCGUUCAAGAUGGACCUGGCGCCAUUGAUUCAAGGAAGGAGUCCAGUGCAAAUCCUUCUGGAUACCUGGGCUCUGAUGAACCACAGCGCGGCUGACACCCAGCUGGACUUUAUCAGGGCGCAAAUGGCAGUCGUGCUAAAAAUGGACGACAGCACAAACAACGACAAGGUCACCGCGCUGAUCAUGUACGGCAUGGUGUGUCAGGAGACUGCCCAUCGACUGGACAACGAUCGACAGGAUAGCCUGCCGAGUUGGCGGGCGGCUCUCAGCGUAUUCCAGACGGCCUUGGACACGGCCACGACGGAGGAGGAUAAUCUUAGAAGCAUAGCUGAGGAGUUUCUAGAGGAUUGCAGCUCAGAGGUCUCCAGAUUAGAGCUGCUGUCGGGGGGUUGA